UAGUAUUUUACCUUUGAGUAACUGUCCCCAGCUGCAGUGCUGCAGGCACAUUGUUCCGGGGCCUCUGUGGUGCUCCGAUGCCCCUCACCCACUGUCGAAGAUCCCCGGUGGGCGAGGGGGUAGCAGGGAUCCUUCUCUUUCAGCUCUGAUAUAUAAGGACGAGAAGAUCACUGUUAACCAAGAUGUCCCAGUGCACGAAGGGAAGCCUCAUAUUGUCCACUUCCAGUACAAGGUCACAGAGGUGAAGACCUCCUCUUGGGAUGCAGUGCUCUCUAAUCAGAGCCUCUUUGUGGAAAUCCCUGAUGGAUUAUUAGCUGAUGGAAGCAAAGAAGGGUUGUCAGCACUGUUGGAGUUUGCUGAAGAAAAAAUGAAAGUAAACUAUGUCUUUAUUUGCUUCAGAAAAAGCAGAGAAGAUCGAGCUCCACUCCUGAAGACAUUCAGCUUCUUGGGCUUUGAAAUCGUGAGGCCUGGUCACCCCUCUGUCCCAUCGCGGCCAGAUGUGAUGUUCAUGGUGUACCCCCUGGAUCAGAACUCUUCCUCUGAUGAAGAAUAGCUGCAGCGGGGGACUCCAGUGUGACCUGAAGAUGCUGUUGAGGGGAGAGAGGGUUGCACCUCCUUUCUUAAGGAGAGGGAAAACAAGCUUCUGUUGGACUGAAACUGCAUUUCUCAUUGUUAGAUUGGCCUGUGUAUCCUCAGAGUUGACUAUCUCAUUGAAAUGUGUUGCCUAGAGAACUAUAUAUACACACAUGUAAUCACCAAAUAGUAAAUGGAAGAUGUUUAUGAACUGG